AUGGCUAGAAGGAAUUUGGGAAUGAAACUACUUGACGAUAGAUGGGUUCUUACUGAUCAGCUAAUUCAGUUGAAGGGUGUUGUCGAGUUCAAUGAAAGAAACAUGAGAUGGCUCGAAGUUAAAGAGGAUCUAUACAGAAAAGACUAUGAUACCAAGAUACGACAUGUCAGUCAGAAUGUUGAGAGGCUAAGAGAAAUGAUAAAGAAAUACGAGUUCGGUUAUGUCGACGAAAUGGAUGAUGUUUUAAGGCAAGAUAAAGAAGUAUACCUGAUAUGCCGAAAGAAGUCGCCAGAACAAAUCAUAGAAAGUUUAAAACAUAUGAUAUUCCGGCAAAGGAAGGCAGUAGAUAAAAUAAAUGCAGAGAUAAAAUCAACUAAGACUGAAUUAUUCGAAGUGGAACUGAAUAUCGCCGCAUUAAAAGAUAAAGUAAAUUCAGGACAGGAAUAUGUGAAAGAUAAAAAUAGAGAGGAAAAUGAAAAAUAUUCUGCCGCCUUAGAAUAUGCCAAAACGCAGAAUGACGUCUGCGCCAUACUUCUAGAGUGUUAUAAGAAGAUCAUUGGCGUUUUAAAAAAGGACUCGCUUUACUUCGAUGAUGUGAUAGCAGACCUCAAGAAUGACGCCAUGAUACAGAGCCAGACAAUUCUAAAGAUUAUCGAGCUCGGCCAGCUGGCUUGCGAAGAUUUUUCUUGGCUGAAGGAGCAAGCCAAAAGAAGUACCGUCAAGUUCAACAGGCACACAGAUGAGCACAGAAAAGAAAUAAAGGAAAACGGCGAGGUUAUCCAAGUUCUGGAAAUGAUGAAAUCUAGACUCAACGAGUACGCCGCGAAAAGUUAUCCAAUGUUUCAAGAAGAAAAACAAGUGCCGAAAGCAGACCCGGAAUUGGACGAAAUGAAGAAACAAUGGGAAGAAUCCGAGAAAAUCUUUGGAAAGUUGAAGCACAUCCUUGGAGUUGAAACCAUAACAGAUGUCUUCUCUGAAAUGGAAAAUCUGAGAGCAACUGAAUUUGAAUUCGACAAAUUGACUCAGCAAUUAAGGGACAAAAGAAAGAAGAGGCAGACAGCUUACGAACAUACAAAAACAUUAUCUAUACACAUGGAUAAUUAUAUGCCUGAAGAGGUCAAAAGAUUUAUCAAAGAAGAAGAAGCGGUCAGAGAGGAAAUAGAAAUGACAGCUGAAAACAUACAAAAAAUUAAAGUCAUUCAUGAUGACAUCAAGCAAAGUAUGCUUGAUGACAAGCACUACUUCCUCAACUUGAAGAGAAUGCUAUGGUUAGUCGACAUCGGUAAGCCGGAAACAGUUUUGGCUAUUGCAGAUGGUGACCAGAGCAAGGAGAAAUCACGGGAUGAUCCUUUCGGCUUGUUCGCGGCUGUCGAGGAAGGCACGAAUCAGGGAGAGAGUAAAGAUGACGAGGACAGUAGUCAAUGCGAGUCUGAUAGCGAGGAUAUACCCUUCAGAAUGAUGGACAUGGUGUCUAUGAAAGUAAAGAUCCUGCACGACAGUGUAGGACACAGAGGGUUCGAAGACGAAUGCGAUCCUGAGCUGAUGGAAACUUUCGCCGAAACCCUCGCGGAGGAGCAGAUUCAGAGAGAGGAGCACUUGCAGGAGCUUUUGGAUAGUGAGGUCAUUGUCGUUAAGAAAUAUAAGCCGAGAUACGAAGAUCGUCACAGUCAAGGUUGCGAGAAAAAGAAAAGACUCGAAUUGAAAUUCCUAAGCCGGCAACUCAUAAUUGAAAAUGAAGUGGCUAAAGAAAAGGGAGAAGUAAAAAUUCAUAUGCAUCCCCAAGGUGUUUUCCGUGGCAUGUACAUUGAAGAAGCUAGUGGUGAUGAGAGUACUGAACCAGAAGUGGUUGAGAAGAAAGAGGAAGAACACAAAGAUGAUGACGAAGAUGAUGUACCGGAUGAGGAAAGUGACAUUGGUUAUGAAGAAUCAGAUGAAGAAGAUAUCGAUUCAGAUUUGGAUCCAAAUGAGCCGAAGCCACAUAUUUGUUAUUAA